AUGAUUUGUUCACAAGUAAGCAAACUGAUUCUCUUCUAAGGAUGCUUACUAUUGUUUGUUCUUUUUGCAAUAGUAAAUUUAAUUUAUUGAAAGAGUAUGAAUUAUAUAAGAGUCAUAAAGGCAUUUGUCUUAAAGAGGCAUCAGUUCCUCAAUCGUUUGCAGCAAGUAUUAGUGUCAAUGAUGUUUUUAAGAUAAAUGAAAAUAGUGAUAUUCCAUAUGAGGUAGAAAAAGCUGCGCUUCAUGUCAUUAAGCAAAAGAUGGCUAAAUUUGGAGGAAAGUCAGUAGAAUUUAAAAGUGGAGGACCUAGACCAAUCGUUUUUACACAGACACCAAAAGCUUAUGUUAACAGUGCUCAGGCAGCAGAAUCUACUUUGCGACUUCGUAAUACAAAUAUUUUGAAACAUUUUGAGACUGUAGCUGGCAAUUCAUGCGAUUCAAGUAUAAGUCAAACAAGUAAAUUGUUAUUAUCAUUUGAACCAGAUCAGAGACAGUCAAUAUUAAGUAAUACAAAACUAAAUCACACUAAAAUAAGUGCAAAUGUGAUGGUAGCUAUGAAAACUGAUAUGGGUAUCCCAUGGGAAAAACUUAAAGUAAUGUCUAGAUGGCUCAAAAAAUAUGAUAUAACCACUGCAUCUAAUGCUUCACAAAGAGUUGUAGCUGAAAAUUGGUCGGGAAACGACAUUAUUGUUGAAAAUGCUCCUUUCACAUUUAAAAAGGAAUAAAAAGGAAAGAUUGAAAU